UGUGAGGCUGGACACCUUUUUAUCACAGCAAGGCUGUAAUAUAUGCAAUGCCGCCCUCCUGUGUUGAUACAGUGUCAUGCAAGGAGAUAACACAGGAAGAGAAGUCUGUUUUUGUCUGUGAAGUAACAAAAAAAACAACACCAUACUUUGAGAAAUGUCCGAAAUUUCGCGUAACCCCUUCAGUUUCUGUUUGCAUAAUUUAGGAAUCUUCCUAAAUCUCACUAACAAUGCAGGUGGUUGCUAACUUAUAAGGUUUUAUGGCUCAGUAGUCUGUGUACACAAGGAAGUGAAAUUAUGUUGUUGGCUUUUUACAAGUGAAGACUGGACUUUGCUUUUACUUUUAUUUUCUGUAAAACAAGAUGGAGCUGGUACCUUCACAGACUCUUACAGCAAAGAAGACAUAUUAACUCCUCUGUACAAUUUGGACUAGCUGUUGCUUCUUAACAGGAGAAAAUCCUACAGGAACGAGACUGAAGGACUUUGCUGGACUCUUUCUGUCUUGUCCAACUGUGCUGUCUUGCUGUUUUUUUGAGUUUACUAAAUCUCCUCAUGGGGGAGAAUCUCCCAGCUGUGCGAAGAGGAGCUCACCCCCACAGACCAGUGCAGACCCUCAGGGUUAAGAUGGUACUCCUGGGAAGUUCUGGUGUAGGAAAAUCAAGUUUGGCUCUACGAUUUGGCAAGGACGAGUUCAGGAAUACAUCACCUACUGUAGGCUGUGCCUACCUGACCCGGGUGGUGCAUCUGAGGGAUGUCACUCUUCGCUUUGAGAUAUGGGACACGGCAGGGCAAGAAAAAUACCACAGUGUCACCCCACUGUACUACAGAGGAGCCCAUGCUGCACUCUUGGUCUAUGAUAUCAGCAAAAGGGAAACAUUUAUCAGAGCUCAAGUUUGGCUCAAGGAGCUUGAGAAACAGUACAUCCCAGGAUCUACUGUCAUGUGGCUGGUAGGCAACAAGGGAGAUCUGGCUCAGCAUAGGAAAGUCUCAGUGCAGGAAGGAAAGGGUCUGGCCAGUGACAGGGGUUUAUCCUUUACAGAGACAUCUGCCCUGUCAGGGGAUCAAAUCAGCGAGCUGCUGAUAGCUAUAGCCCACAGAGUUUACGAGUGUAGUGGAGCCCAGCAGAGAGGUCUGUCAGAGUGGCAGGAGACACCACUCGCGGAUCUGCGUCGUAGAGACACAUUCACUCCUUUUACUUCCUGCUGCAAAGUUGGGCCCUAACAUCUGUGAUUCUCAAUCCCAUUGCUGCCUGUCUCAUUUCUCUGUUUGUCUUCAUCAGUUUAAAACUGCACUAACACUGCAUUUAUCCUGUACUAUGCAUUUUGGUGAAUAGAUUAAUCACACAAUUGCAUGUUGUUUUACUUCACAGUAAUUGAGGCUUAAAGCUAUUUAAUUAAGGGUGUGUUUUACACCCUACCUGUAUUGUAGAGCCUACACAUCAGUGGGUUUAGGACCCAUGUUGACGUGAUACCAGUUACCUUUAUUCAGUGUCUCCAGCCUUGUUAAUAUUUGCAUGAGAUCAAGCUUGAACAGAGAU